AUGGCCGACUUGUCCAAAGCUCCGAAGUCGCCCGACUCCACACCAGGACCGACGGCUACGUCCCCAGCGAGAUCCAAAGCUGCAUCACCGAGAUCAAAGACUGCAUCGCCAAGAAGCCCGGGAUCACCAGAGAUUGAAGCCGCACCUGACCAAGUGGAGGUUGACGAAGGGGUUGAUGCCAGUGCCUCCGUUACUGAUGAGCAGUUAUCUACGUACACCGCGUCUCUUUCGUCGAGUGUCCUUGAUUAUCCGACGGAGAAUGGCCGCCGCUACCAUGCUUUCCGGGCUGGAGUGUACUAUGGACCCAACGAUGAGACUGAACUAGACCGACUGGACCUCCUUUCAGCUGUGGUCUUCAAGACGAUUGGCAAGUUGUACUAUGCUCCCGUCGAAGAAGAGAAGACCCACCGAGUUCUCGAUAUCGGUACUGGAACUGGCAUUUGGGCCAUUGAAGCGGCAGAACACUUUCCCAAUGCUGAGAUCAUUGGCAAUGAUUUGAGUGCCAGCCAGCCAACAUGGGUGCCGCCCAACGUAAAGUUCGAAAUUGACGAUGUUGAAAGUCCUUGGGUGGCGAAACCUUACGACUUCAUUUUCAGUCGCACCAUGGCAGGCGCAAUCAAAGACUGGCCAAAACUUGUCAAUAAUAUCUACAACAAUGUUAAUCCAGGUGGAUGGGCUGAAUUUCAAGACUGGAACACCAGAUACUACUCUGACGACGGUUCCCUCACCGAUGAACACGCUUGCACCAAGAUGUGCGACACCUUUGCGGAAGCCUGCAGUAUCAUUGGUCAUGAUCCUAAUCCUGGUUCCAAGAUUGCGCAAUGGGUAGAGGAAGCCGGCUUCAUCAAUGUCUAUCAUCGUCAAUUCAUGAUCCCGAUUGGACCAUGGGCAAAGGACCCUCACUAUAAGGAGCUAGGGAUGAUGAACUUGGCUCAGAUUCUGGAAGGGUUAGAGACGUUCAUGUUGAGGCUCCUCACAGGAGUUCUCGGUUGGUCGAACAUUGAGGUUCAAGUCCUGCUCGCGCAGGUUCGCAACGAGUUGAAGAAAGGGGUGUUUCACGGCUACAUGAAAUUCUAUGUGGUCUACGGCCAGAAGCCAGACGCUAAGUAA